CCCUAGGAUCUUUUGAGUGAUGUCCAGAGUGCCAAGCAGUUUAGGCAGAAAGAACUGAUAUAAAUUACAAGUGACUUGUGGCAUCUUGGAAACCAGCCCCCACUCUUGGUUUUCUUAUUUUUUUAAAGCUUCCCCUGUUUUAUUUCAUGUCUGCAGGGAGGCUCAGCCUGCUUGCUGGCUCAGCACACAGGAGAAAAUUUGGUGUGGCUGUGAUUGACAGGACCAUGAUGUCCUGUCAGGAAGGCUGUGUUUUAGAAACAAAAUUGCUUUGGGAAAUUGCAACGGGAUAGGUUCCAGUGAGCUAAACUGAAAGUGCCUUUCAAACAUAGGGAUGCUCAUCCUUCUGUACCCUCUUUCCUUCUAUUAUCCAUCUGCAAUUCUUGUGGGGAGACAGAGAGGUGUCUGUUAUUUCUUGGUCUGUGCUUUUCUUCCCUCUCUCCCCUCUCCUUGUCCUUCACUGCUGAAAUAUCUCAGCAAUGCCAGGAGGCUGGUAUGCCCCGGGAGGGUAAGAAUAGUCUACAAUGGCAGAGAUCACUCCUGUUGUUGUUUGUCUACUUGCAGUUGUCUGGACAGAAGAUCCACACAAGAGGUCUAAUCUCCUUUGGAAAUGCCAAAAUUGUUAGGACAUCAGGAGCUGGAAGUAUUGUGAGCCUGUUCAAACAUGGAGCGCUGGGACUCGCUGGGAUUUUUGAUUGUCACACUCAACUAUAAUGUGACGAUUGUAGGAAAGAUCUGGCUAAUGUUAAUAAUUCUGCUGAGGAUGGCAGUGGUAGUGUUAGCAGGCUAUCCACUCUACCAAGAUGAGCAGGAGCGCUUCGUCUGCAACACCCUGCAACCAGGAUGCUCCAACGUUUGCUAUGACUUGUUCUCUCCUGUAUCUCACUUUAGAUUCUGGCUCAUUCAGACUGUGUCUAUUCUGCUACCUUAUGCUGCAUUCAGCAUUUAUGUUUUGCACAAGGUAGCUAUGUACAUUGUAAGAAUGCACUGUUUGGUGCAUGGAUGCAAAGGGAAUAAGGGUUUGUCAAGCCCCAAAGACCUGAAGGAGCUCUGUAGAAGUGCUGUUGUCAAUAGAUUAGAUUGUGGUGCAGACAACCUAAGUGUUCUUAAUUUUUCUGGGGCAUAUAUUGUUCAUCUUUUUUUUAGGACACUACUUGAGGCUGCCUUUGCAGCUGUGCAAUAUUUUCUUUUUGGAUUUUUUGUUCCUGAGCGCUUUUCCUGCUACCAUUCACCUUGUACAAGCACAGUUGACUGUUAUAUCUCCCGGCCCACUGAGAAAUCCAUCAUGAUGAUUUUCAUCUGGGGGGUCAGCAGCCUAUCCUUUCUGCUUAGCCUUGCUGAUCUUGUCUGUGCUCUCCAGAGAAUGACAGCAAGAAACCAAAAGAACAAGCUGGCAAACCUCCACGUAGAGAAUGAGUGCAUUUUAAAUCUUCCCCCAGUACAGCAUGGUAGCUCUUCUCCACCUCAAAAUCAAGACUGUCCAGUAUCAAAUAGCAGCCAGACCAGUGAUGGCUCCUGCUCACUUCUCUCUGAAGAGGAAGAAGAGGCUGUUCUUCAUCCUGAAGUGGUCUCUCAGCAAACUGCCAGCACUAACCUUAACAGCAACAGCAAUAAGCCCUGUAUAUUAGGAGAACUUGCUGUUAAGCAAGACAGCGCUGAAGAGCCCAUGUGUGCCGGUGACCACCAAGGAACUACAUGCAGGCACGGGAGACCCAAGCUUCAGCAAGACUUCAUUAAAGAUACUGCCCUGACUUUGAGACCUCAGAUCAAGUCUCACCUUGGUGUUUCUUCCUCUGUAGUUCAGAGCAAGCUUUUAGGAUACUACCCUUCAGCUGAGCUAAAAAACCCUGAUGCACAAUCAAAUUAUAGCAGUACUAGUUGCUUGAGGUCAAAAAAGUCAGAAUGGGUAUAGAGCCCUGAGGUAACACUACCCUAUGACCUUGUCAGGACACAUCAUUGCAUCACUGAGGAGGUUUCAGGUAGUUUCAGCUGGAUCCCUUGACUGGGUUAUGCCGCAGAGACACAAUGAUGCUGUGUUCCUCCAUUGAAGAAGAAGCAAAAACCUUGGAUAACAGUUUGAAGGAUAUUACAUUAAGGGAACUAUUCUUUGGAAAAUGUAAAACUUUAAUGUUUUUCUGAGUGUAAAUGACUUUAAAAAGCUGUGGACUGUCACUGGUGUGACUGACCUGGUUUUCCAGGAGUACAUGUGAACACUUGUUUACCCUAACCUAGUUUUAUUGCAAAAGAUUGAGCUUAGGAAAGACCUGACUUUUAAACACAGUUGUACAUUGUCUACUGUCAGAAGGUUAAUUUAUCUCCUCAUACUAAAUUCUCUAAGCCCACUCUAAGAAAGGAUGUUCAAGCAAGAAGAGUAGACAGUGAAUAAAAUAAAAAUACAUGUUUUGUAGCAAAGUAUUAAUGUGUAAAAAAACCCUUGGAUCUUACUGAUUGAAGGCUACACCCAUCCUAGUUAGCAAUGCCAUGGCAGUACCUUUCUCUGACCCUGAGGUCAACUGGUACAGUCUGACCAUGUCUGAGUUAUUCAACUCAAUUAGCCUCCAAAACAGGGUGGCUGCAUCCAGAUUAGCUGUUGGGAAUGGUCCUAUGCUCGAGAAUUGCUCAGGAGAUAACUGGGAAGUGUGGGUCAGAGGUGUGUCAGGGAGUGCUCCAGCAGCUUGACAGUGCAGGGGACUGAGCUCCAGUGCCCAUGCCCUGGCACAGCUGACUCUGCUCUGGUGUAGAUGUACUACUGACAUGUCUACAAGGUGUUACGUGUCUCGAUCUGAAAUAGUCACACUAGGCUCUUGAUUUCAGUAGGGGGAAUGAGUCACCUGACCUGUUUUAGGCAUCUCUGAAGGUAAGAUUAGUCACUUUCUAGAUAUACCUAUCUCUCCCACAAUGUGAUUAUCUCAGACCUGGGCUUUAGGGAAGAUGGUUUCUACCCCGAGAGAAGGAUAUUGUGGCAAUGUCUAUAUCAAAGUGCUCACCUUCUUUGUCUGACAGACUUCUGAUGCUAAUAAUUUGAAAAUGUGUCUAAAUUGAGUGAAUCACAGAAGAUUUUAUUACUGUCAUGCUUUGUGCUUUCCAUCAGUGUUAACUCUCUUGCAUUUACAUAAGCGUGGUCCAGCACUGAAGCACAGCGGUGCGUGAGUUGAAUUUUCUUUUAGCUACGAGUCAGUGGGGGUUGAAGGUUGCAUAUACCUGCAGAUCAUCAGUGGGAGUGGAUGUGGAGGAGCAUGUACUCAGAGAAAUGUACUGGUGGUAGUGUCUUACAAAACAGACUAUUCAGAGGGUGGCAAGAGCUGGUAUUUGUAGAUGCUGCUUGGAGCUGGAGUAGCUCCCUCCAUUUAGACCCAUGCAAAGGAGAAAACAGGCACAGAUCCAGUCUUGCUCUUACUCUGCUAUAUAACAACUUUCUGUAAUGACUUAAUGGCUGGCUCCUCUGUGCAGAAUAUCAAGGGACAACAGCUUUCACAUUGUCCUUUUUCUCUCCUGUCGGUGUGGAAGUCAUUAAGACAGUUUGGCUCAUAGUGUCUGUGUAUCAUUUCCUCACAUACGCAAGGUAAAGACUAGCACUUAAUUAUCCCUCAUCUUCUGCAUCCCCUCAGAAAUUAGGUAGCUUAAUAGAUGGACAGAACUGCUCUUUGGGUCGGGAGGCAGAACUUCUGCCUGUGAAGUACUUUGGGAUCCUGAGGCAUGCUACAGAGAUUUUUAAUUACUACCUUCUGAGUAAAGUUUUCCUCUCUAUUAGCUGUGUUUGUUUCUUUUAUCAUGUAUGCUUGUUGUAUGAUUUGUCAUUUCCAGGGUAGGAGCAGCAUUAAUUAUUAAACUUAUCAUAGGCAGA